AUGGACGACAGAGAACAAAAUAAUCAAUUAUCUACAACGCCAAUUUCAAUAAAAUCUUUAUCAAAUAAUAAUUUAUUAUCAACGCCUCCAACACCGUCUUCAGCUAAUAAUUCAUUCGAUUACGUUGAUCACUCAAUUGAUGACAUUUUCAAUCAAUUUUAUAAAUUGAAUCAUAAUGAUAAAUUAUUAGCUUUAAAUAAGAUAUUGCCUUCUUUAACUAUUCCUCAAGUUAUACACGCUAAUAACUUAUUAGCACCUCGUCUAAAAAGGGAUUUCUUAAAGGAGUUACCUUUAGAGUUAUCGUUACACAUUUUAUCUUACAUAAAUCAUCCAAAAACUCUAGCCAGAUGCUCACAAGUUUCAAAGUGGUGGAGAGACAUCGUUGAGGACGAAAAUAAUUGGAAAGAUAUGUGCUUUAAGCAUCGUUAUAAGCCUUCCAAUUCUUCUUUUCAACAAAGGGUUGCUUUCUAUAGAGCUAAUUCUAUCGUUAGAAGGAAUUCUUUAGAUCUUAAUAAUGAUCAUUCGUUUUGGACUUCUCAACAAUCAACUCAAGAUUUCUCUUAUAAAAAGCAUUUCAAACAUUCUUAUCUAACCGAAUCUAAUUGGAGGAAAGGCGGUAGAUUAAUUAGCUCGCAUGUUUCUCCAGAAGACGCAGUAGUUACUAGUUUAGUUAUGGAUGAUAAUUUCAUCAUAAUCGGAAUGUCAAACUCUAAUAUCCACAUUUUCGAUGCUUUAACUGGUAGAUGGAAAUGUGCUUUACAAGGUCACGUUCAAGGUGUUUGGUGUUGGGGUCAAAAUGGAACCAUUGUCGUUAGUGGUAGUUGUGAUAGGCAUGUGCGAGUUUGGGAUGCUGAAUCAGGUUUAUGUUUACAUACUUUAUCUGGUCAUACUUCAACUAUUAGAUGCGUAAAAGUUGUACCAGGUAAACCAAUAGCUGUCUCUGGUUCGAGAGAUGCUACUUUAAGAGUUUGGAAUAUUGAAAACGGUAAUUUGAUACAUGUCCUACAAGGUCAUCAGCAUUCAGUCAGAUCAAUUGACGUCUCGGGUGAUAAAAUCGUUUCUGGUUCUUAUGACUGUACGAGUAAGCUAUGGGACUUAAAUACUGGUGAAUGUUUACACACAUUUGAAGGACAUGCUCAUCAAAUCUAUUCAAUUGCGUUCAAUGGCGAGUUAAUUGCCACAGGUUCAAUGGAUAACACUGUGAGAAUCUGGUCAGCUUCUCAAAGAAAGUGUUUAGCAAUGUUACAAGGACAUACAGCUCUAAUCGGUACAUUACAAUUGACUGACAAUAUUUUGGUAACGGGCGGAUCAGACGGUAGAGUUAUUGUUUUCAAUCUUGAUAACUAUGAAUGCUUGCAUAGAAUAGACGCGCAUAGUAAUUCAGUUACUUCACUUCAAUUUGAUGAAAGAUUUAUAGUUUCCGCCGGUAAUGACGGUAGAAUAAAAUUAUGGGACUUUGAAACAGGAAAGCGUAUAAGAGAUCUUUCUGAAAGGGGUGAAUCAAUUUGGAGAUUAGCCUUUACCGAAGAAAAAUGCGUCAUCCUUUCAAGAAGGAAUGAAAAAACUGUUAUGGAGUUAUUUACCUACCUUCCACUUGAUGAUGAGGUUGAUAAUUGA